AUGGCCAUAUACAAGAACAUCGCAGUCGCCGGCGCAACAGGCAACCUGGGACCAGCUAUCGUGAACGCCCUCGUCAACAAUGCAUUUCAGGUCGUCGCCCUUUCUCGCAGCGGCAAGACCGAAGGCCUCCCAUCCAGCGUCAAGACAGUCAAGGUGGACUAUGACUCAAAGACAUCCGUUAUAAGCGCCCUGAGAGACAACAAAAUCGACGCCAUCGUCUCCAACCUCCCCCAGUAUGACCAGCAGCCUGCCCUCAUCGACGCUGCCAUCGAAGCCGGCGUGAAACGUUUCCUUCCUUCAGACUUCGGCUCCAACGUCAGCGGUAACGCCAACACCGCCAAGUUACCCGUCUUCAAGGGCAAACUCCUCACACAUGAGUAUCUCGAGAAGAAGGAGUCCGAGAUCGAAUGGACCAUUAUUGCCAAUGGCGUCUUCCUCGACUGGGGUCUCGGGAAGGGUUUCCUGAUCAACACGCACGGCGGCCCAACUGCCCUCUUCGACGACCCGAACAACAAAGUCAGCACCACCACUCUCGCAGACGUCGGAAAAGCCGUUGCCGGCGUGUUGAAGCAUCCAGCCGAGACGAAAAACAGGAGCGUCUUCGUGCAGAGCACCUCCAUCUCUCAGAACGAACUCGUCGCAAUCGCGAAGAAGGUGAAGCCUGAGCUGGAGAUCCAGACGGAGAAUGUCGACACCGAGGAGCUGUUGAAGACGAGCUAUGGCUUGCUGGAGAAGGGCGAGGAGGUUAUGACUGCUAUGUUCAACUUCUUGAAGGUCAGCAUUUUCAACAAGAAUUAUGGGAGUGAUUGGAAUGACAAGAAUGAUAAUGCGUUGCUUGGGAUCAAGGAGCUGAGUCAGGCUGAGCUAGAGGAGGUUGUGAGGAAGAAUCUUUGA